CACGAUCCAGUUCGUACCGUGCGUGAUCUUCGCGAGACGUGAAUGGAUAGAUUUUAUCAAAGCAACGUGCACCAUGACCAACUUGCAAGUUUUUACACCGAUCCUACCGUACGUGGGACGAUUGCCGGGCGAGCUACGGUACGGUUCGCGCAUCAAGCUGCGAGGCCAUUUCCGUGAGCCCGAAGAUGCGGUCCACAUCAUCCUGCAGCGGGAAGCGCUGCUGAACCCGCAGGACGAGCUACCCCUGUACCUAACGAUUCACCCGGGCCGGAAGGAAAUCGUGCGCAAUCACCUGUGCAGUGAUUGCUCGGCCGGGCCGGAGGAACGCAUCGACAACUGUCCAAUCGAGUGCGGUCAGGACUUUGAGCUAGCGAUUGUACCGUCGGCCAGUGGGUACGAGCUGUCGCUGCACGGUACGCCGGCGCACACGUUCAGCUACCGUGCACCGCUGGCCACCGCCCGCUAUCUGUUCGUAUCGAGCGGUUGUGUAAUUUUUGCAAUUAACUUUGAAAAUUGGAAUGCAACCACGGGUGAGCAACCGCACCGGCCACAAACACCAACGGCACCGCUUCUUGAACCGUCACGGCUUUACCCCGUGCUCGAGGAAGAGCAGCAACAACAGCGCCACACACAACAACAAACACGAUCCCUUCUGCCUCAGAUCCAUCGUCAUCCGCAGCAGCAGCAGCAACACCAUCCCCAUCAUUCCCAUGGCAACAAUCUGCGGGAGCUUGUACUGCAGGUGCUGCCGCUGGUGCAGCUCGCCGCAUCACAGCUGCAGGCGAACGCGAACGAUCGUAACGAUGGUAACAACGGCUCUGGUAGGGCUGGCAUCGGUAACCUUGCCCACCUACUGCCCUUGUUUCAACCGGCAGUGGAGCAACGCACGGCGCGCGUUAAAGCCAACCGCCCUGCCAAUCGAUGGACGUCGUUCUCCUGUUGGCGUAUGAACAAUGCCGAAAUCCUACCGGCAAUGUUUCUGACCUGUUCCAUGGGCCUGAUGAAACUGUUUCGAUUCCUCACCAUUGCCUGCGUAUUCGGAUAUAUCGGUUAUGUGUUCUCGAGAAACACCACUUGGAGCAUGACCUGGAAAUAGUGGUUCGAUCGGUGUGAGUAAGUGGUUUGUAUUAACAAUUAACGUUUGCUUUAAUAAACGAUGCUUUUGUUUCAUGUAAAAUACAUGUUGCUAUUAAUAAUA